GCAUCACGUAAGUUCAACAUGAGAAAUAAAUUGGUGAGGUGCGGCUCGUGGCCGCAAUGGAUUGCAGCAGUUGAGAUAUUCUUGAUGGCAUUCCUGUGCGGUGUGGAAACAGGAUGGACAUCGCCAUCUCUAGCAAUCCUUCUGGACCCAUUAAAAUCCCCAAUUCCAAUGACAAAGUCAGAGGGAUCAUGGAUCGCAUCACUCCUGAACAUAGGUCGAGCAGCAGGUAGCUUAAUCGGAGCAAUCGACGUAGAAUUAGUUGGCAGUAAGACAUCUGCCCUUCACAUUGGCGUAGUUCAGCUAGUAAGCCUAGUCUGCCUCGCAGAAGCUGAUACCGUCAUUUGGCUCUAUGCCUCAAGAUUCAUUGGUGGAGUAGCAACAGGCAUGUUCUUCAUCUCUUUCCCCCUCUACAUAGGUGAAAUUUCUAAUCCAAAGAUUCGUGGUGCUCUCGUUGGUACAAUAGCUAAUGGAAUGUCGAUUGGCUACGUUGUGGGUAACGUGACUGGUGCUUACAUGUCGAUACCAGCAUUUGCCAUCUCUAUGCUAGCAGUAACUGUUUUGUUUCUCAUAUCAUUCUACUGGCUUCCCAAAUCAUCGCAUCAUCUGGUACUGAAGGAUCAAAUGGAGGAGGCAGCUGCUGCUAUCAAAUGGUAUCAAAGGGAUGCCAAUGUUCCGAAUGAACUGGCAUCGCUUCAAAAGUUCAUCAAAGACAAGCAGUCGAUGACGUUCAAGAAUUUGCUGAAAGAAUUUAUGCUUCCGCAUAAUAGAAUAGCUCUGUUCAAAGUGAUAAUGGUGUAUGUUUUCAUGCAAUUGAGUGGACUCUAUACCGUGGGAUUCUACAUGGAGAUUAUUUUGAAGAAAGGAGGGGUAACAGUGAUCGAACCGGUGAUGGCUGUUAUUGUUAUAAGCGCGAUUGGCUUAGUCGGGGGGUGCGUUGCCAUGUUUGCUAUUGACAAGUUUGGGAGAAAAUUAGUACUGGCUACCUCGGCCAUUGGACUUGCAGUUAGUUUAGUUGGCAUUGCUAUUCAUUAUCAAUUUUUGAAGUGGGGUUGCAAUCCUCUAUAUCUCCAGUGGCUUAUUAUAUUUUCGGUCAUUAUUCUUGAGUGUUUUAUCAACUUGGGAAUUGUCCCUAUACCCAGCACAAUUUUGAGUGAAAUUUUUGCACCAAAUAUCAAAAGUUACUCCUCUUGUAUCGCGAAUAUCAUUUCUGGACUCAUUGCGUUCAUGACAACACAAACUUACCAACUAUUUAUUGAUUCGAUCGAUUACUAUGUUUAUUAUAUUUACGCCUUGAUGAUGAUAUUAUUAGCUAUUUUCACUAUGACACAGCUGCCGGAGACGAAAGGUAAAACGUUGCAGGAAAUUCAAAAUAUGUUGAUGAAGAAGUGAUAGAGCUUCGUUCAUAGCGUCAAUUGCUCGUAAUUUAGUGUGGUAUGUGGUUGAUAUUGUUGACACAUGUCCGAUAAGAUCUUUAUUGAGACUACUGAUGAUCUCAGGGAAGGUUAAUCUGAAUUCAAUUGCCUCUUCGAAGUAUCUUGCACAUUCCAUUACAUACCAUUCCAAUGUAAUACAUGUGACCUGAAUAACAAUUAUACAUGAUAAUUUUUAAGACAUAAACUCUUAUUGUACUGUGAUACCGUGCGCUGAAAUACAUCCGAAGAUUGUUCCUUUCACAAUGAAA